AUGGCAGCCGUUGCUUCUAAGCAAUCCUAUUCGAUUGCCGCUGGCGGCUCAUCACCUAACCGGCACAUGCGCCGCCUCUCUGUGCGGCGCACUUUCUCCACCGGGCCCGACGUUUCGGCACCUCGGACGCACUGCCCAAAAGAUGUCGAUGCGUUCAGUUAUGACCCCGCUCAUCUGCUUGAAUGGAGCAUGCCCGACGGCCUCUGGUAUCGCCUGCCCUCCCGACUCCGGGCCACUGUAGCGAGUAUGCAACACGCUGGCGCAGCCGUCCUGACAGGUUUGGACCGCCUGCACGAGAUGAAAGAAGAACUGCAGCUCGACAAGUUCUCAGAGACCUCCAACAAGGAUGAAACUGAGGAUCCAUUCGAAUAUGGCAGUGGCAGCAUCGCUCCCGGGCAGCCAGGACUCGAAGAUCUCUUCGACGUCAUGACGAUGGAAGCCGCCAAAGCUCCACGUGGACGCCACGAUUCCCUCGCAACCCCAUCUCUUUCCACGCCAGCCUUGACUCCUUCGGACUCGAGCAUAGCCGUAGACUUCGGCGACUCAAACUCGUCACCUUCGACGCCUCUUCCAGCCACACCACUCCAGCUUCCAUCGCCCCUGGCUCUUCCCAGCAAGCCCUGGCAACAGCCAUCUCCGCAGCGGUACUCGAUGUCUGGGCCUCGGCCAGACGUGAAACUGGGCGCCGAGCCCAGCAACUCCAGCCUCGGCACGGCCGCGGUCCUCAUGGCCAACGGCAAGCUCUCGGCGCCGCUGCUGCCGCUGCACCCGCACGGCUUCAUGCCCACGCCGCGCCAUCCGCAUGCGGCCUACUAUGCGGCGGAGCUGGCGGAGCUGCGCUGCGUGGCGCUGGUGCGGCUGCGCCACUCGGCGCGCAAGGUCGAGUCGCAGUGGAUCGAGUGCAAGCGGGUGGGCGACGUGAUUAUCGAGGCCGCCAGGUCGUCCCCCGCUGCCUCGGCGUUCGAGCUCUCCGACGAGGAGCGCAUCGAGGAGCAGGUGCGCAGCGCGCUGGCGGUGGUGCGCGAGUUUGAGAUGUGGUGGGCGGGGCAGAAGGGCGAGGUUGGCGCGCUCGAGGAGCGCAUCAAGAGUAUUGACGGUAUUUGGGCGUAG